UUCUUGUCUCAAUAAGUUUCAAUUUUUAUAAUUAAUACAAUCUGAACAUCAGUAGCCUUUUAAAUACAGCCAGGCUGUUGUAAUUUUAUAUUUGUUAAUUUUCAAUGUUAUUUCUUUAUGUCUCAGUUUUUUGGGACUACCAAUAUAAUGCCUACCAGAGUAAACGUGUGCGUAGAAUGCUCACAGUAGGGUGUAGGGGUAGUGAAGAUAUUUAGAGGGCCUCAAAAUUUAAUUGUGCCUGGGGCCUUUCAAGUCAUAAAUCUGCCACUGAAUGGAUGCCAUUAACAGGAUUUAUUGCUAUUUUUUACAUAUUAUGAUAAUGACAAAUGAUCAAAGUGAUAUUGCUAUAAAUGCUUGAUCUGUCUCAAAUCUGUCAGGCAUUAGUAGCAAAGUCACAAAUUCCUGUGGCACUUCUGACAUCUCUUAAUUAAUUAAAAUUUCUGGAAUCAAAAGGACCAAUAAGCUCCAGUUUUAUGAUCUAUGUUCAUGCUGAAAAUUAAGAUAAAACAAGCAUUUUCCCUUUUUCUCUGUAUGAAAUUUCUAUUCUUGCUGAAUUUUCCUUAAAUGUUACUGUAAAAGUUAAAAUCAAAUAACGAAGUUUUUUCCCUUCUAAGACAACUUAUUUUCCAAAUGAACUGCUGGGUUAUUAUUAUAUUAAAUUAUGGUGUAUCUUAUACAUCACUGCAUUUUAUUUAGCAGAAAAUAAUAUGUUUAAAUAAUAAAAUUAUUUUAUUUCUAGUUUUGUCAUGUGUAGUCCCAGAGCUAACUUGAAAAGAAGGCAUUUGAAUUUUAAGACUCAGCUAAGUCGAUCUGCUCAACCAACUUCAACUGUUUCAAAAUUCUUUUCACUGUUUAGCAAACUGACUUCUGAACCUGAACCAGAAUGUAAAGAAUACCCAAAAUGCUUAAUGUUUGGUCCUGGUCUAGAAACAUCUGGAUUAAGUUGUAUUGCUAGGAAAAUUAUUAGUAGUCAUUCUAGUAUGUUUAAUUGUGUUGGUAUGCAGAAUGAUGCAAUUACAGUUAAAUAUGAAAACGAAUUGCUUGGCAUAUUUUUUCUCUAUUCAAAUACAAAGGUUCUCCGGAGACCUUUACCUGUGAGUGAACGUCUUACUCAUAACAAAUUAUUUUUGAAAACUGCUGAAUUGUGGCAAUUGAUUGAUCCUGCAAAAAAUGCUUGCAAGAAUGCAAGUGCAUUUGUAUAUGUUAUUGAUGGGAAUGCUGAAAUUGAAAAUGUUGAUGAUCCAUUUCCAGAUUUAAUGCUGAUCUUAAAUUACAAACUUCAAACUCUUCGUUAUGGAUUACAGAAUGUUGAUCAAAAUACACCAACAAGCCAAUUGUGUUUACUAGUAUUGGCUCUUGUUCCAAAUGAAACAAGUCCUAGACAAGACUUACAGCAUAUUAUUGAAAGUUUAAAUCUCUGGAAAUACAAUAUUCCAUGGCAGAUAUGUCUAGUGUCCGUAGAAUGCCUUAAAAAUCUGUCCCUAGGAUUCGAUUGGAUGAUGGCUCAUCUCAGAUCUUUAAACAGUUAAAUAACUGAAGAAUGAAUACAGUAAUUUAAAACAUUACAAAUAAAGAAUGCUGAAAUAUAACUUAUGUUUAUAAAUGCUUGUUUAAAUUAUUAUUAUUAUAAAAUUUGACAUAUGAUAUGAAUAAAAAAAAAAUAUAAUUUUUGUAAACUUAUUUUUGUUUUUAAAAGUUGCAGCAUGUUCAAUUUAUAGCCAAAAAACAAAUUAGCCUAUAUAUUCUUUUGAUAGGGAAACUUUUUUGUGUAGAUAUAUUAGAACAGUGGUAAUACAGGGUUGGCCAAACCUUGUCACAAUAGGAGCCAUAUAUCACCUAACAGAAAUACAAGAGAGCUGUAUUCUCUACUUGAAUGCUACUUUAUAUAGUGUGUAAUAUAUAUAUAUAUAGCUAAAAUACUAUGGUUGUCAUUAUUCUACUAAAUAUCAUUGUUAAGUUAAUCCUAAUAAUACAUACAUUUGGAUACAUGUAAAAAAAGGCUUGUAAAAUAAGUUUGAGAAAGUAGGUUUAAUAUAAAUUAAAUUUUUCUUUUAUCUAAGUACUGUACAUAUCAAUGUUUCUUUGUUUGUUACUGGUAGAAGGUUUGGGACACUAACUGCUUAAAAUCUUAAGAUUCCAUUUGUACAAACAUACUCUCAGUUUUUAAUUGCCUGUUCAAGGAUAAGAUGCAAUUCAUAUAUAUAUCAAACUACAAAUAAUCAGCAAACUUACAAAAAGUAUUACAUGUGUAUAAGUAGUAUAUGUACGAAGUUUAUGAAAAGAUUGCAUAAGUAUACAAGAACUGCAGUAGAAUGUAGAAGAGCUGUAUAUUGCUUGCAAGUGGCAGUUUGGCCAGCAUGGUACAGUAGAGAAUCGGUUAUCCGAAAGAAUUCCAGUCGGCAAAUUUAAAUUUUUGCUAGUGCUGUGGCGCUGAAAUCUUUGGCUAUGUCUUGGGCUACUAAUAUUUUUUUUGUUGAUGUGUGUUUUAGC